AUGCAGCGCUGCAGCCUGAACGUUGCGGCGGCAACGCUGCAAGUGGUAGUGGUUCAUCUCCUGUUCUCUGCUGCUGCGGCGGCGGCGGCACGCGGCCCGCCCGCCUCUGCCCCAUCCGACGCCUUUGACGUGAUCCCUCCGGCGGCACGGCACACCACCGGCGCGGACCCAUUGGGCAGCAGCGGCGAGAGCGUGGAGGGCCAGCUGCUGGAGCCAGAGGACCGGUUCCUCAAGGCAGCAGACUACACACCGCUGCCAACCGCCAUGCCGCAGCGGCCCUGGGCUGCGCAGCGCCCCGCCGAGCCCGCCGUGCCGCACAGCGCGGCGGAAACCGCCCUCCCUCCCGCCGGCGAGCUGUGGGAGCCAGCGGCUGCGGCCGCGGCUGGGUCGGGGCAGGCGUCAGCCGCAGGGGUGGCCAGCGGGAAGGCUGGGGCUGCGGCGUGA